UUAAUGAAUGCGUUAACGCAAAAUUAACGCGUUAACUUGCCCAGCACUAUUUUUAAUACUUGGAGUAAAAUAAUUUGCAGUCAAUGACUGCCUGAAGUCUGGCACCAUAGACAUCACCAAACGCUGCGUUACCUCCCUUGAGAUGCUUUGCCUUUGACUGCAGCCUCCUUCAGCUGCUGCUUGUUUGUGGGUCUUUCUGCCCUCAGUUUUAUCUUCAGAAAGUAAAAAGCCUGCUCACUUGGGUUGAGAUCAGGCGACUGACAUCGCCAAUUGAAGAAUAUUCCAUUCCUUUGCCUUGAGAAGCUCUUGUGUUAUGUUCUCAGUAUGUUUUAGGUCAUAAUCCUGUGCACUGUGAAGCGCCGUCCAAUCAGUUUUGUAGCAUUAGUCUGAAUCUGAGCAGAUAGGUUAGCCCAAAACACCUUUUAAAAUCAUCCUGCUGCUUCUAUGAGCUGUGACAUCACCAAUGAACACCAGUGACCCAGUUCCAUUGGCAGCCAUACAUGCCCAUAUAAAGCACUGCCUCCGCCAUGUUAGACAGAUGAUGUGGUAUGCUUCAGAUCAUGAGCCGUUCCUUUCCUUCUCCACACUUUUCUCUUCCCAUCAUUCUGGUACAAGUUCAUCUUGGUGUCAUCUGUCCAAAGAAUCUUUUUCCCAAACUGGUCAGGCUUUUUCAGAUGUUUUCUGUUAAAGUCUCAUCAAGCCUUCCUGUUCUUGAGCGUCACCAGUGGUUUGCACCUUGUUGUAUUUAGAUUCAUUAAGGCGUCUCUUGAUUGUAGACUUUGACAAUGACACUCUACCUCCUCCAGAGUGUUCUUGACUUCAGUAGAUGUUAUGAAGGGUUUUUCUUCACCAAGGAAAGAAUUCUGCGAUCAUCCACUUUAGAUGUCUUCCGUGGUCUUCUGGGCCUUUUGGUGUCAGUGAAUUCCUUCUUUUUAAGAAUAUACCACUGUUUAAUUGGCCAAUCCUAAUGUUUCUGCUGUCUGACUGAUGGUUUAAGUGUUUUCAGCCUAAUAAUGGCCUCCUUCACUUGCAUUGAUACCUCUUUGGUUUCAUGCUGAGAGUUCCACAGACCAGCUAAUUUAACAUUUUGAAUCCUAUUGUCGGCAUCAUUUGUCAAGAAAUAGAGACAGAACCGACCACAUCUGGCCAUGAAAAUGUGGGUGGCUGUGUAAAAAUGGCCGUAAUUCCAUAACGGUUCAUGUAAUAUUUAAGUUAUAUCCAUUGAAUUAAAGCUGAAAGUCUGCACUUCAACCACAUAUUGACUGAUUCGUUUCAAAUCCACUGGAGUCGAGUAAAGAGGUAAAAUUAGAAAAACUAUGUCACAGUCCAAAUACUUCUGGCCCUGACUGUAUAUUGGACUCUAUGUUCUCUGAUGUACUCUGCUGCGUACUGUUGUACUGUACUGUAAUCUGCUAUGUUACUUUCUGUCCUCCUGCAGUAUCUGCUGUGCAGCCGUUUUAUUUCCUAUUUUAUAUGCAGCCCAUUUGACUGAAGAGGGUUUUUUUCACAGCCCACAGGUCUCUGAUGGGUUUCCAUAAAGACAGCCGGGUCGGCGCUGUCACUUCAUCGUUCUCGGUCACGCCAGCUCGCUGACCAGAGAGAGACCCCCGUUACACAUCCACACCUCGUUAACUUUUUAGAGGUCAUAUGUAGAAGACUGCUGCUGCUGUAGUUACAGGCUGCGAUUACAUUAUUCCCAUCAUCUUUGUGCAGAUAAAGAGCCGCAGCGAGUCACAGUUCAAAUCCAGUCAAACAGGAAUACAGGAGAGAAAACAACCAGCUUUACGGGCCGCCAACAGCCGAGAGCUGUCGGACAACACAGUAACACCAACCAUCAACUUUUACUCUGGUUGCUGUAAAAGAGCUGACAUCGCCACUAUGUUCACUCCGGGUCUUUUAUUUGUUGAUUUAAUUGAUCGUCACCCACUUUGGACAGUUAUCUGAUUGCAGAAACGUUCCUGUCUCCUUUAACAGCUAAAUAAACAAGAACUUUAACUCAGGUGAUUAACGAGGACAGGGGCCACUUCUUUGAGAACUCGUUAUCUCUGGACGGCCUGGAGGAUUUUUUUUCUUGAAAUUAGGCGUAAACAUCCACCUGGAGUCAAGAAUGAAGUGAUUAGAUUUGGUUGUCAAAGGUCACCUCACUUAUGUCCCAUUCUCAUGAACGGGAUGUCCCAGGAAGGCCUUAGGGGAAGUUCUUCAAAUUUGGCACACACUUCCAUAAGACCUCAAGGAGGAACUUAUUAGAAUUUGGUGGUCAAAUGUCACACACACACACAAAUGUCUAAUAGGAUGAAAAGAGUAAAUAUAUUGGGAGCGUUUCACUGACAUGUUAUGGAUGAAAUGAGCAAAGUAAUCAGUAGAUUAAUAAGGUAAAUAAGCAUUAGUAUGAUGCCAUUCACACCUCAAGAUUGUGGCCUAACUAGAAGUUUUUCAAGAUCUAGAUCAGGUUAAUACCAGGUGGAGAUUGUGUCUACAACACAACCAGGCACAAGAGCUAAUCCCCAAGAUUUGAAUGAGUGGCCCAUAGAUGGCCACUGCAGUAAAAGGAGUCCAGAUCCCAGCAUCCAGCAGCACACCGCUUCGCCGAAAUGCUGCAGAGUGUCUGAAGCGACCGACUCGUCAUCUCAACUGUCCUCAUCGUCUAAUGGCAGAGAUAUUAAAUGACAACAUCUUUUAAUCUUAUGAAUAUGAGGCCAGGCAGUCACGCCAAUACACAUCAGCCUGCAGAACAUCCUGUUAGCGUUAUGAGCUCUCUGCCGCUGCCGCCGUCUGCUCCUCACCUCCAUUAUACGGCCGUGAUGGGCCGGCUUCCCAGGCCCAAAUUAAAAGAAGAGGAAAAGAGUCCUUGGCGAUGCGGCCACGUCGAUGGAAAUUAGCCUAAGUGUUGUCAUUAAUAUUUCCCGGCGCGCGGGCUAAUGUCUGCAUCGUAAUGUUAAGAACAGGAUAUCCCCUCAGUAUCUGCUGAGGAAGGCUCUUUGGGGAGUUGGAGAAAACCUUUAUGUGUUCAGAGAUGAAGGCUAAUGUUCAAAGUAAGUCAAGUUUUAGAUUUAGUGUCAGGCUGCCUUUUUUCAGUUUAGUUCCUUCACUGAGGAGACGGCUCCAAGCUUCUGGGUCCUACAGUCUGACUCAUUCAGGGAGUGCUUUCAUUUAUCUGACAUCCAGGUUGUCCUAGAUAUACAAAAAAACUGAAAAACAAGCUCCAGUGGACUGAUGGAGCUGUUUGGAUGAGAGAUGGUUUUUGUUUUCGGAUUUUUCCCAAAUUAUCUCUCAAACUCCCUCGGGCGCUGUCUCAAAGUGAUGUUCUUCAUGUGUUCUAAAAUCCAUUUAAAGUAUUAGGAAGAAGAAGAAACUGGUGAGAGUUGACAAGUGUCUGUGUUCAUUGUCUUCUAACGGAUGACUUGGUGUGUGAAGUGUUUUUACUUUCUGUCCUCCAGGUGACCUCUUACUCAUUCAGACGCCAUCCUUCUGCUGUGACCUUUGACCUUCCUCUUGUGGAUUUUUGUUGUAGUUGUUAAACUCUUUGUUUGUGUUUCAGGGUUUCGGCGACGGCUCCAUCCUGCCAGAAGACCUUCAUCAGGAGGAGGAGGAGGAAGACGAGGAGCCAGAACUUAUCCUGGACGGAGGUCUGCCUCGCUACUCCUCCUUCUCUCUGGCCUCCGAUCUCCUGCCUCUGGAGGAGGGCAGGGAGAUGGCUGUGGACGAGGAUUUGGAGGAAGAGGAGGAGGUGAAGACGAAGAAGCAGGAGACAAUGGAGGAGAGCGUGGGCUCCCUCCCUAAGAGACCUCCUCCGUCUUGGGAGGAGUGGAAGCUCACCUCCAGCUGGUCCAGUAGAGCAGAGGAGAAGCAGGAAGAGCUCAGCGGGAGAGAAGAGGAGGAGGAGGAGGAGGAAGACCAGCUGAGAUCAGACCACGACAGCAUUGUGUCCAUAGGAAACCUGAUUGUUGGUAUUUCAGACUCCAGAGACAGUGAAGCAGACUCUGAACUCACGCUGACAGACACCGACACAGAGUCCGUCAGGACGGUUGACACUGAAAGAAGGAAGAGGCGGAGCCAGGGAGGAGCCUUUCUACCAAUCAGAGGAGGCCACGGCGAUCUUCCUGAAAGAGAGGAGGGCGAGGGAGAGGAAACGCCGGCCUUCAGUCACUGGGGACCCCCCCGCAGGGUGGAGGUGUGGCCUGAAGAGGGCCAGUCCUUGGGUCUGAGCAUCGUGGGAGGUCAACAUGUCAUCAAGCGUCUGAGGAACGGCGAGGAGCUGAAAGGAAUCUUCAUCAAACAGGUUUUAAAGAGCAGCCCUGCCGCCAAAACGCAGUGCCUGAAGACCGGAGACAAGAUCCUGGAGGUGUCAGGCGUGGACCUACGAGUGGCCAGUCACGAGGAGGCGGUCAAUGCCAUCAAAUCAGCCCCGAGCCCCGUCGUCUUCAUCGUCCAGAGCCUGUCGGCGACUCCACGGCCUGUGUCUCUUACCGCUCCCAGCUUCAAUAUACACAAAGCAAAGAGGACAGAGUCUCCGACACCAGGUGCAGCCCCGCCCCCUAUGAGACAACCUCCGCCCUACAGACCGCCCAACCAAUCAGAACAGGGGUCGAAUUCGGACCUGGAGCAGGCCAAAGAGCGUUGGUGUGAGCGUUAUGGAGACCUGCAGGGGGAGCUGCUGUGCGUGGAGCUGGAGAAGGAGCGGCAGGGUUUGGGUCUCAGCCUGGCAGGAAACAGGGAUCGUUCUCGCCUCAGCAUCUUCGUGGUGGGACUCCAUCCAGGGGGGCCGGCGGCUCGAGACGGACGCAUCCGGGUCGGAGACGAGCUGCUGGAGAUUAACAGCCAGGUUCUCUAUGGGCGAAGUCACCAGAACGCCUCCGCCAUCAUUAAGAGCGCCGUCCCCAAGGUGAAACUCAUCCUGCUCAGAAAUGAGGAUGCUAUAAACCAGAUGGCCGUCCCCCCCUUCGCCUCUCCCCCUCCUCCCCCUCCUCCCCCUGUCCUCAGCCCCAUCAGCCCCAAGUCCGUCUCUCCAGCUCCUCUCGGCGUCUCCGUCCCCACAGACGAACCUCGCCCCCCCGACAGCCUGACCCUCCACCUGUCAUCGGACCCGCAGGACGCGAAGAGCGAUGAAGGCGAGCAGAACAACAGGAACGGAAACAGAAGCAGCAGCAACAGCAACAACAGCGCCCCCACGAGUCUGACACAGAGCGACACCUCCACCAAGAGGCUGAAAGUUGCAGAGACUUCAGAAAAUGAGCUUCAGGCUCCGAAGGCGUUGCUGGAGCAGCAGUCCUGCACAGCUUCAAGCAGUUCCAGUAAACAGACAGCAUCUCCUCUGAUAAGCCCCGACCUGCAAGCCGCCAACAGAGACCCAUCAUGCUGUGCGGUGGUUCCUGGUCAGGAGAUGCUGUUGGAGAUCUGUAAAGGUCGAUCAGGGCUCGGACUGAGCAUAGUGGGAGGAAGAGACACACAGCUGGACGCCAUAGUGAUCCAUGAGGUUUAUGAGGAAGGAGCUGCAGCCAGAGACGGACGACUGUGGGCAGGAGACCAGAUACUCGAGGUGAACGGGGUGGACCUGCGUGGGGCGUUCCACGAGGAGGCCAUCGCCGCCCUGCGUCACACGCCGGCGAAGGUUCGUCUGACGGUGCUGAGGGACGAGGCUCAGUACAGAGAUGAGGAGAACCUGGACCUCCUCAAGUUGGAGCUGCAGAAGAGGAGCGGCAGAGGGCUGGGACUCAGCAUCGUCGGGAAGAGGAGUGGCAGCGGUGUGUUUAUCUCCGAGGUGGUCAGAGGGGGCGCUGCUGAGCUGGACGGUCGUCUGAUGCAGGGAGAUCAGAUACUGUCGGUCAACGGAGACGACAUGAGACACGCCUCCCAGGAAACUGUCGCCGCCAUUCUGAAGUGUGCUCGAGGUCCGGUCCAGUUGGAGCUGGGACGACUCAAAGCUGCAUCCUGGAUCUCCUGUAGACGCAACUCGCAAGGAAGUCAGAUGAGUCAUGUGAGUGGGAACAGCUCAGGUGUAGCGGCUCCGCCCCUUACCAACACCUCAACGUCAUGUGACCCCAUGACCCCUGACCUCCCCACGUCGACCUCCACUGGGCCCUUGCCGUUUAACAACAGCACAAAGUCCACCCGUGACAUCACUUCCUGCUCUGACAGCACAGUAGGGGUAGAUGCUGGUGUCCGUACAGUGGAGAUCACAAGGGCUUCACCUGAAGCAAGUCUUCCCUCUCUCCCCCCUCAGAGUGUCAGCGACUCCCUCGGGGUGAGUAUAGCGGGGGGGAAGGGCAGCCCGCUGGGUGACAUCCCCAUCUUCAUCGCUAUGAUUCAGGCCAACGGGGUCGCGGCCAAGACACACCAGCUCAAGGUGGGCGACAGGAUCGUCAGUAUCAACAGUCAGUCCGUGGACGGUCUGUCACACAGCGACGUCGUCGCCAUGCUGAAGAACAGCUACGGAAACAUCAGCCUGCAGGUGGUAGCAGACACCAACAUCAGCGCCAUCGCCACUCAGGUAGAGAGUUUGUCCAGCAGCUCCAGUCUGUCGGCUAACACUGACACACACACAGCAGAGCCAGAGGGUCCGCGGCCCCGCAGCAUCAGUCUGGAGAAAGGCUCUGAGGGACUCGGCUUCAGCAUCGUCGGAGGAUUCGGCAGUCCACAUGGAGACCUGCCCAUCUACGUCAAGACCGUCUUUAGCAAGGGCGCAGCGGCGGUGGAUGGCCGUCUGAAGCGGGGUGACCAGAUCCUGUUGGUGAACGGAGAGAGUCUGCAGGGAGCGACACACGAGCAGGCGGUCGCCGUCCUGAAGAAACAGAGAGGCACUGUCGCACUGGACGUCCUGUCAUAACACACACACAUACACACGCACACGCUUGCAUGCAUACACACAUGCAUAUGAAAACAGAUGCUAUUUCGACUUCCUUCACACACUCUGACUCUUGGACAAUAAAUCAUAGUGGAUCGUGAACUCUGAACUUUCCAACGUGCAAAAAAGAAAAAAGAAACUACUUCAGACAGUGCCAACACACACACACACACACACACACACACACACACUUCCUGUGGGGUGAAACCAGUACACGCUGAUGUCUGAUACCAGUGCAUGACCACUUGAAUACCUGAAAUAUAGUUUCUCAACCUCGGUGUGGGGCCACAGGUGGGGUCACGUGAUACGUACAUGUGGUCAUGAGAAACAUCUAAUGUAUUGAUAUUUGUUGAAGUCUGAGCAUGAGGAUCUUGGCUUUAAGAGAAGUCGGACACUUAAACACGGUCACAAGCCAGAAAAGGUUGAGAAACUCUGUAACUAGACUAUUAAAUGAGAAUAUUGUCUAAAAACAAAUAACUAUCAAUAUGGAGUCAUGACGGAGUGACUUUAUUGCACUAGUUAAUGCAUUCAGACACACAGACAACAGGUGGGUUUGUGUUCUUGUUUGUAAUUCAGAGGAACAAAAGGGACGUGUUGGUGAAAUGACGUGUUCUCUGACCCCGCUGCACACGUUAGCUUAGCAUCUCCUCGGUGGUAAAAGACUGGUUAGCUGCUAGACACCGAGUAGCACUUCAUUAUAAAUGUGGAAACCAGCGGGGAGGAGAGUGUGUAAACUGUAACACGACUGAUCGUGAUCAACGUCUGGUUGUUUUAUUCUCCAUCAGAACAAACAAACUAUUGCAGAAACAGCUGUUAUAGAUAAGAAGCUAGUCAUCAAGAAGGAACUUAUUUUUUUCAAAUAUGGCAGUAACCGUUGGAUUUUGUCAAACAAAUGGAAAAUUUAAUUUCAAUUCAGAAAACAAUGAACCUUAAUCAAAACUCUUAAUCUGUAACAGACCAUGUUAAACGGUUCCUUCAUAAUAGAGACACUAGUUUUCCUCUAUUUACACGAUGUACACAAACCGUUAAAUCAGAGAAGUCUGUUAGUUUCCCAUUUAGUUAACGUUAGCUAUCAUCAACACAAACCUUCCACAUUCCUUGUACGCACACAUUUUUGUUCCAGUAAUGAAUCCAUAUUGACCCUUAAAGGAAAAGAUAAUAUAAAUGUGUCUCCAUGGAGAUGACUCUCAGGGCUUGGAGACCCCCUGUCGCCCCCGGCAACAGAUACAGUGUCUUCCACAUGAUUUUAAUCAUGGAGAGAAAAUUAUAAAAAUGUGUCUCUGUGGAGAUUUAAAUUAUAAAAAGCUUUCUAGAAGCAGGCGUGAAUAAAAGCAACAGACUGACAUUUAGUAAAACUAUUGUUCAUAAAUUUCAGAUAUCAGUUCCAUCUCUGUAGGUCCAGGCCGUGGUUAGCCUAGCUUAGCACAAAUACUGUAUACGGGGGGGGGGGGGAAAUAUCCACCCUCAAACCACUCCAAAACAAUCCCAUUUACACGUUGAAUUUGUUUUUUUGAAUUGUUGUUGAAAUAGCAUUAAAUGGUUAAAUUAAGAGUGACUUUGUGACAUGGAAAAUGUUAUAGGGUUGACCGCAGAUUAGUGUCAAUUAAAGGGUUUUAAUGGGUUUUCUGCAUGGAUUAAAGGGUUGAAAAAUGGCUUAAGCUACCGGUGGGUGGUUUGAACGUCGCUGACCCAGGGAAACAUUUGACCAAGGACCUCGGGAACAUAUGCUCCCGUAAAAACAAUUAAGAUGUUAGCAUGUUAGCAUUAGCAUUGUCAACUAGCUAAACAACCGUUACACCUGGCAGUUUGUGGCUGUAAAUAUUUAGUACCAACUAGUUUGUGAGCUGCAACCUGUUUUAAUUUAGUAAUAAACUCCACUCAGUAAACAUGAGCGUUAGCACAAAGCUAAGUUUGAACUCGUGUACAGCUGCUGAAACCUUAUUUUUAGCCAAAAACCUCACUUUUAGCGAGCGCUGUAGCCGUCUCUUCCUGGUUGAAAUGACAAACUGGCAUUCGCUAACAACUGCUAACAUUAGCUAACACACAAAAACUGACAAAGUUUCUCCCAUCUCUAAAUUUAAACUCAUGAGUUGUAUGAAUUUAUAGCUUUUGUAACCUAAAAAUGUCGAUAGCUAACCUCAAUGGAACAGCCUUAGUUAUAGGGAGAACAAGAGGAUUUACCAACAUGUCAGACUGUUGCUUUCAAUCUUCAAUUCUACAACGUGAAGUUAGUUGUGUGUUUGCAGAGUUAUGCUAAAGUCUAGUAUGAUACCACAGUUUGUUAAUCCUUUCAGAUAUUUAGAUGUGUAACGGAGGUAUUUAGCAGCCGCUGUAGGCGUCCUGCAGGAUCCUGUACUUUAAACAUAUCAAUCAAGUGUAAAUACUUUAUGUUACUUUAUGUUUUUGUCAUAAUCACUGUCUUAAUUUUUGGUACUUUUAUUUGAAGAUGUCAGAGUCGAUGAAAUGUAAUUUAUUUUUCUGAUCUCACUGGAAAUUAACAAUGUAUUAUUUGUUUUUGUUUUUAUUAUUAUGAGCAACGAUAUGUUUAUGCCAGUGUCUGAAUCUUUGUCCAAACAGUCAGAAACGUCGACGGAAACCCUGCAGCUUUGGUUUCGCCUUCACACAGGACUCGUUCAGAGUCGCUGCCAAAAACCAGCUGAGGUUGCACUUUAUUUUGCAUCAUUUCUUCAUCAUUUCCUCACAAGUUUCCUGGAAAGAAAUAUGUUAUUUCGUACUAUUUAUAGAGAAACUAGAGGGAUCUCUUAGUCAGAGCACAAUAGAUGAAUAAUUAAUAGUGUGAGCCGCUCUUUGAAGGAGAAUUCCUGUGAAAUACAACUGCUAAAAUGAUUACAACACAGGACAUAGGGUUGAAAAGUGGGAGGGAUUAUUUCAUGUGCCCCAGGCUGAAGAAGUUCCAUUGUUUUUAUCUAUAGACAAUGUAACUAUUUUUUUGUUGCCUAAAUCUGUUGACAUUUAGUCCAGUUGGCGCCAUAGAAAGCUGAAUUAGCUAUUAGCAGCUCCUGUUGCAGUGCACAUGGAUGUACAGACAGAUCACUGGAUUGCUUUCAUACUGUAGAAAACUUAAAAACAUGAUGAUUCUCAGGCAAGUUCUGCAGCGUCUUUAUUUCUGUGAAUUUCUAAGUGGAGUCAUGGAGAUUUGUUCUGAAUGGACAUUGGAGAUAAUGAUAUCCUGUGGAAGUGUAAAUCGCACUGAAUGAUAUAAUUUGAAUGAUAUAAUUUGUGUUUCAUGUUAUGACUCUGAGAAGGAGUGCGAUCUCUUACAGUAUAUUUGCCUCCCCUUCUGCACCCGCCCCCUCUGGAGGCUUUCGUCUUUCUCUGUUGUCUUUGUCCUGCUGAGCGUCCAUGUCUGUUACAGGCCAUGUCCUGUCGUUUCACCAUGGUUACCAUGGUCACCAUGCCCUACAUAGAUCAGUUAAAUUACAGUGACGCUUGCAUUUCCCGCCUCCUGUAAUGUUCAUUCUGUCUCAGCGAGGCGUCUUAAGUUACUCAGUGACGACCAUGUUUGAGUUCUUGGGGAAAGCGAUGCAGGACGGUGUGAUAACAAACACACCUUUCGUCAUGUUGUUCAGUGCAGCGAGCCGCGAUGCUAACUUCCCUUUAAAGACAUCAAACGCAGCAAACAUCCAUCAAUCAAAUCUGCUAUUCUCUCGUUCCUUUUAUGAAAACUGAUACCGAGAGAUCUGGGAGAAGAUCAUAUAUAAUAAUAUACUAGUCAGGCUCUGAUGGUACUUUUAGUUCAGAGAUUACAUUUUUGAGGAAAGAGCAGAAAUAGCAGUUGUAAAUCAGACACUUGUAAGUAUUAAAACUACAGAAGAGUAUUAAGCUGCUCAAAAAAACCUGCAGCUCAGCCUCUCCAGACCCAUCAGUCCAUCACCUGACGUCUCCAAACUGAUCUGAGUUCCCAUUUUAUCGAUAUUGAUCCAAAGAGGCUCUCUGUUGGCUCUGAUGUGACUCUGACAGCUGGUGUGGAAAAUGUUGUGAAUGAUCUUUCUGUCUGUUCUGAUGUCCACUCUGUUUGAUUUGUUCUGUUUUAUUAAAAUGUAAAGAGAGCACAAUAAA